AUUGGUCGUGGUCGUCACAUGAGAUAACAACAGGAAGUUAACUGCUGCAUCAAAAUAAAUGUGUAUGCUGAGGUUAAGAAGUAAUUAAACGUGCUCGAAGGGAUGCAAAUAUUAAUCUGUGGAGAUUAGAGAAGUUCUUGUCGUCGAACAGAUGAGUUUGCGAGCUUUAUGGAUUAUUUUUUAUGAAAAAGGAGAAAAUGCAACAGUACGGUUUUCAAGGAGGUUUUCCACUGUGGAACACCGCGCUAAAAUCAUGGCAGGUUCCACAUACGUAGCCGUCCCAGAGGACAGAAUCUUCCUGCAGCUCCUGCUCACUGAGCUGGGCCUUUCCAGCCCUGAGAAGCCCUACGUAGCUGACAGAGAUGAUUGCCUUUACCGUCCACGUUCACCAGCUGUGGAGCUGCGUUUGAGUGGAACGGCAACACUGUGGCCUGUGCUGGCCAUCUCUCAGGGUCCACUCCUCCUGGCUUGCCUCCCAUUAGUGGAUAUCCCCUCCGAGCCGCGACCACCUCUGGCCAACCUGCUGUCAGUGUCUCAGGGUCUCACAUUUCUAGCUGGCCUCCAGACCUUUGUCCUAGGGUCAGGGGGGAAGCUUGACAGGGAGGGGCUGGACUCUCGUGUGGCAAUGCUGCCACCUCUCCUCUUGCAGGUGUGUCCUCUUGGCACACCUCUUGAUACUAUACCACUGGCAGGAACACCUACUGCACCCACGGCACCCACUUCUUCGGUCACCCAGAAGCAGCCAGCCUGGAAGAGUGGUCUAUAUCGGGGUCGAGCCUCUGUGAAUGUGGCUGUGGUUGAAACGGUGCGCUCCAUGCAGUACGGGAACCAGAGCAGACAGGAUACGUGGGAUGUUUAUGGGACAGUGACCUGCAAGUGUGAAGUAGAAGGGGUGCUGCCGAACGUCACUGUGACCCUCACACUGCCACCCAACGGUUCUCCACUGCAGGACAUCCUGGUCCAUCCCUGCGUCACCUCUCUGGACUCUAAUAUACUGACCGCCAGCAGUGUUGAUGAUGCAGACGGCUCGGCUUUCUCUGGGCCGUACAAGUUUCCCUUCUCUCCUCCUCUGGAGCCAUUUCGACUUUGCAGCUACACUUCACAGGUCCCUGUUCCCCCCAUCCUUGGCUCAUAUCAGCUGAAGGAAGAGGAGAAUAACCUUCGUGUGAGUGUGUCCCUCAAGCUCCACGAGUCUGUGAAGAACAGCUUUGAGUACUGCGAAGCACACCUGCCGUUCUUCAACAGAAAUCAGAUGGGUGUGGCGGAUGUGAAAGUGAGCUCUGGCCAGUUAGACGUGUCUAAGGAGAAGAAUCUGUUGAUCUGGGCUCUAGGUCAAAAGUUUCCAAGAUCUCGUGAGGUUACAUUGGAUGGCAAAAUAACUUUUUCUGGAUCCUCACAUGGACCUUCUGACCCUCUCUGCACUGGACUUACUGCCUACAUUAAGUUGUACUUAAAGGUGCCGGACACGACUCUGUCCGGAUGUUGUGUUGACCAGCAUUUAGUGCAAGUUUAUUCAUCUGCCAAACCAAGGAUUUUCACAUCCCGAGAACUUCAGUCCAAAGAGUACUACAUCUGGAAUUCAACUGGUUCGGCCCCCGUGUCUACUGGGCAGAUGGUGAUCUAGCGUAGAUCCAUCAUGGGCGGAUGCACAGUGCACUGUUGAGACUGUAAACCAAGUCCAGCUGAAAUGGACUCGUAUGACCAUAAACAUAAUGAUUUAUUGGAUUUAUUCUGUAUAGCGCCAAUAACAAGUUUACAAAUACUCAUUAGAGGCAUGAAUUUCAUAUGAAGCUCUUUUUUUAGGAAAGAUUUUUGAUACAACAAACAACUAAAAUAACGUGAAAUACUGAGUUUGAAUUUAAAAUGGAUUUUCUGUCAUUUUCACAAGUUUAAUUAUAUACACACACACUCGAAUAUAUACACACAACUCAUCUAAUAGUAGGGUCAAAGUCCCUGCAACCACAUACUUUUUAUAGCCAUCAGAAGUUUGGCCACUAAGGUAGCCAUGUUUUGGAACCAAAGUAAGGCUAUUAAAGUACUUUUGUAGGAUGGCUAAAGUAAGAAUUUGAUUUGCAUUCAACUUCCUAAGGAACAUUUAUCUUACUACUAGAUGUGUGGGUCUAUCUAUUCUUUUGAGCCUGUGUGGAUUGGAGAAAAUCCACAAUCAAUUCAAACUCGUGCAUCUAAUUCCUAUUUUUUAAAUUUAAGUUGCCCAGGUACCUCUUGAAAAUGAGAUCUGGGUCUCAAUGGGGUUUACCUGGUUAAAUAAAGGAAAAAAAAAGUUAUUUGUUGGUUUUUAAUCCCCAAACCUAAAACAGAAUGCAUAAUUCAAAUUAGCAUGAUAUUUGGAACAAUAACUGCAAUUUCUGCCAGCAUAAUAGUUUUGAAAGCUUGUUUCCUUAAAAAAAUAAAAUAAAAUAGAAAAAGUACAGCUACCCUUGUGGAGGUGGAGCUCUCCUUGUUCUUCCACCCUUGACUUUCCAUCAGAUUUGCACACAAGGGCCACCCCUUGCUCUGACAGUCCCACUUGAGUAACUCUCCAUCAGCCGUAUAAUUAGCAGCUGGGGCCUUGUCAUCAGCUGCUGCAGGUCUGGAGAAGAGGGCGGCUGCGCUGUGGAGGCCCAAGCUGCCCUGGCCAGUGUCUGGGCUUCAAAAGGCUUCUCUUAGGACCUGGCAGGAAUCCUUACCCAUACCAAUCACUACACCCCCUUACCCCCCACCUCCUUUUGACCCCUCAUCCUUGGCCUGUCAACUAGAGGCUCGUUCAAACACACAACCUCUCCAAGCGGACUGAUUGAGCGCUGACCCUUUGGCCCUCUGAGACUUAAAAGCAGCCGGUCUCUUUCAGUGAGCAGGACCUGCCUAAUUGGUGAAAAAGUCACAAGGAUGGUAAUGGUUGAGCUGGCCCUUGAGGUUGGAGAGGUGCUAUGUAAGACACAAUUUCAAGCAUGUGUUUGAGAAACCUUGCGAUUGAUUUUAGCAAGUUAAAAAAAAAAUUGUAGCCACUUUACUCCCUGCCAUGUUUUGGGGUAUAUGCAGCUUACUCUGAUAUUUCUUCUGAAAAUGUUAUAUGUCGGUGCAUUAAGUGGAAUGAAAAAGCAGGCGAAGAAGGGGUUAAAUUCUCCACAUUUCCACGGCAGCCAGACUCCUCUGAGUGGCCUCAUUGUCUACUGUUGGCCUCUUGUGCCCCUCGCUGGUCCAAACGCUUCAUUCUCACGUGGAUUUCUACUCAGAAGGCUGACCAUGACCAAUCUUCUGUCAAUUGGAACCAAUUGCUCACACGGCAUCCUUCACCUUCUUUUUAUGUAGCAAUACGGAGUGGCAGACACCGAGACCUCAUGUCUCUUCCCCCUCCAUGACAAUUUGGCUUUAAGGUCCAGUGUGUGUGGUUAGCGAACCGGAAAAGGAGAAGGUCUUUUUUUUUUUUUUUCCUUUUUGUGAAGGGUUGGGCCACUUUAAAUCUCCGCAGUGUCGCAAUAUGUGGCCCGUCUGGCUCCUUGAGUCUACAUGUGGUGGCUUCUUGCUGGCAGACUUUGCUUUAUUGAUUCAAGAGCUUGCUGAGUAGUUCUCUUUAAUGUGUUGCUCCAUCCUCAGUGCCUAUGGUCCACCAGGACCUGUGAGUCGUUAAUUGCGCCAUCUUUUAUAAUCAUCCAUUUAUUUUGUUUCAGUUUCUUAGAAGGUGUCGAAACAUUUGCAGAGUCAAAAUCCAUUAGGUCAACAUAGAACUGUGAAAGCAAAGUUGAACUGUGCUGGUUAAAAUGAUUAAGACUUCAUACAAUAUGCAUCACAUUUUGCUCAAAUGUUUUCUAUGUCAAAAUAUUUGCUACACUUAAAUUGUUAAACACUUGUUUUUUCUGUAUCUCUGCCAUACCAAAUGAAAGUGUUGUGACAAAACUUUGUUUUAUUUCAAUCAAUCAACAAGCAUUCCUUACGUUUUUCACAUUGUCACAUUGUAACUACGAGCUUUGGUGUAUUUUAUUGGGUUUUUAUGUUAUAAGUAUUGCACAUUUGUUAAGUGGAAGAAAAACACUUUUUGAUAUCUUUCAAUUUCAUAUUUUUGCAUAUAAAAACCAGCAAAUAGUCUUAAUCUAUCUGAAUAUUAAGGUUAUGAACGUUAGCCCUAAGCAGAGUUGCAUUAUUAAUCUUUGUGGCAUUUUCUUCCCACUUCAACCUAUGUAAAGUAAUUUUAAUUAUAUAGCACAUUUUCAGCAACAAGGCAGUUCAAAGUACACAUGCAAUAUCUUAUAUCGGUCUAUCACAUAAAGUCCCAUUUAAAUAUAUGCACCAUGACAAAAUAUGGAAAGAGGGAUGAGCACUUGCCACUGUUUGGGCCUUUUCAACCCAAUAAUGACGCCUUGUGGCAGAGAACAAUAAAAGCUCAUGUUAGAUUGCUUUGAUGUCUUUGAUACAUUUUAGUACACAUGUUUAUCUUUGAGGGAUUUCUUCUCAACCGAAGCCAGAUUAUCUGCUGAUUUAGGGAGUCCUGCUGUGAUGUGAGCUUGUUGUGCCUGAAGAUCAGAGUUUUGAUGCUACAGCGGCAUCAGGUGUUUGGUGGGAGUCCAUUUCGUUUGAGCCUAACGAGAACCAGCCUCGGGGAGAGCACUUCAAGAAUGACAUUUUCUAUUUUAAAGUUUGAUUAUUUAAGAGGCUCCUGGUUGGUUUCAAGAUAUACAAAUUAUUUGCAUGGACUUCAGAGGUCCUCUAACAGAUUUCCAAUAAUGGAAAAGGACUUAAAUUGGACUGUCUGAACUAAUUAUGUAUUUUUCUUUAGAAGUGGGAUAUUAUUGCUAAUUGUAAAGCAUAAUAAGCUUCAGCUGCAACUUUAAUACAUCAUUUUGCCCUUUAGAGGGCAGUAUAAUCUUAUUUUUCAAAGCAACGCUCGGGACUGUUUUCAGAAAUUUAAGUGUUGUGAUCAUAUUAAAAGUUUCCAUCUAGUCCACUUUUAUCAAAAGUUUUAGGUUAAGGUAAUUAAGGCCAAAAAUGAUCCUAUUAAUUCCUAAAGACCUACACAAUCUGCCUUUAUUACUUCCAUCAUGUCAUUUGCAUAAAUGCUAUUUAUAGACACUUGGUAAUGACACAGCCUUGUUGAAGACUGAUCACACCAUCCCUUGUGAAGGCAGCACCAUAAAUUGUUGAACUCGUGAUGAAUGCCAAAACUUGUAACAGUUUUUUUAGAAGGCCUCAGAAAACGCACAAACUUCUCAAAACAUAACUUCUCGAGUUCUGGAUAAAACUGGAAAAAAUGGAAAGUUAUUUGUAUUUCAAGGCUUUGUUAUUCCAUUCAACUUUCUGUAUCAUCCAGCCAUCUUUUUGCCAUCCAUCUAUCAUAACGCACAAGCUAAUAAAUACAGCCUUCCUUAUCUCCACUCUUGAGGAUACAACAAAUCACCUGCAAGAAAAUAAGUGGUGCUCCUUCAUUGGAUGAUUUACAAACAUCAGCCAGUAGUAUGUCAAUUAGCUUUGCGUCAAGGUAUUUCAUAUUCCCAAGCUGCAUUGUCUUUAGAAUAUUAUAUAAUAUAAUGUUAUAUUAAUUCCCAAGUAGGUGGGUUUUCUCCUAGUAACUGAGUUGCGCGCCACAGAAAAAUCAACGAAUAUUGAACGGCGGGGGGUCCACUCUAAGCCUUUUUUUAUGCUUUUUCUUCAACGCAAAGUAUUCCUGAACCAGUACUUUUAUAAUGUCUGGCUUCCUAAACGCCACAUCACAACACAAGGGAGAAUAAUUCUACCAGCACUUUAAUCUGAUCCUCUGGGAAAGAGGGAGAAGUCAUAGUCUCUGCUAACAGCUAUCUCUUUCCACUCAGCUGUUUCCAUAUCUUGUUUUAAGCACUACAGCAAACUUUUGUUUUUAUUUAAAAAUGUAUGAUCUGAAUUAUUAAUGUACCAGAUGCACUUCAUCUAUUCUGUACUUUGUCAAGAUGCUUCACCUGAAUUACUUUGCUGUCUUGGCUAUAAAAACCAACCAAUGGCUGCCGUCACUGGA